AUGCCUCGUUGGCCAUCAGGCGACCGCUCAUCCUCUACCCAAGCGCUCGAGACCGAGGCUUUAGCGCCUCCUCAGCCGCAGACUCCCGAUGUCUCCUCGCUUCAGGCCACCAAGGAUGAGCCUGAGUCUGAGCCAAUGAUGGCUUCGGGUACUACGAGGGCACCUCGACGACGUCGGAUGCUCUGGAUUGGGCUCGGUUCAUUGCUCGCUAUCAUUAUCAUAGUGGUGGCAGUUGUCGUACCGGUCGAGCUCUUGGUCGUACACAAGAACGGCAGUAGUGGUGGUAGUUCCGGCUCCUCGAGCGGAAGUACAGGCGGGUCUGGUGCUCAUGGAGCUACGACAGGGGGAAAUGGUACCACCGUCACCCUGUCGAACGGCACGACCUUCACGUACAUCAACGAGUUCGGUGGUUUCUGGAUCGACGACCCCAAGGAUCCCUUCAACAACAACGCGCAACCCAACAGCUGGACGCCACCGCUCAACACCAGCUGGGACUUCGCAAACGACCGCAUCUACGGCGUGAACCUCGGAGGUCUAUUUGUGUUGGAGCCAUUCAUUACUCCGGGCCUGUUCCAACGGUACCCCAACUCGACGGACGAAUUUAGCCUCAGCCAGGACAUGCGCCUUGACACCGCAAACGGUGGGAUCUCUCAGCUGGAAGAUCAUUAUAAGACCUUCAUCACGGAGUCGGACCUUGCCGAAAUCGCAGGCGCAGGACUCAACUGGAUACGUGUACCGAUUGGCUUUUGGGCCAUUGAGACGUACGAGGGCGAGUCCUUCCUCGAGGGUACUUCUUGGCAGUACUUCUUGCAGAUACUCAAAUGGGCUCGCAAGUACGGUCUACGAGUCUUGCUUGACUUCCACGCUCUACCCGGCUCCCAAAACGGUCUCAACCACUCCGGAAGGUUGUCGCCAGUCAACUUCAUGAAUGGGAACAUGGGUCUUGCCAACGCUCAACGCGCCUUGUACUACAUUCGCGUCUUCACCGAGUUCAUCUCUCAACCUGAGUACCGUGACCUCAUCCCCAUCUUCGGCAUUGUCAAUGAGGCCCUCGUCGGUACCAUCGGCUUUGAGCAAAUCACCUCUUUCUACCUCGAGGCUCACGAUAUGAUCCGCAACAUCACAGGCUUCGGCGAAGGGAAUGGACCGUACAUCGCGAUUCACGAUGGCUUUCAAGGGCUCCAGAUUUGGGAGGGCUUCUUGGCAGGUUCCGACCGCAUCAUACUUGACCAGCACCCAUACCUCGGGUUCGGUGCAGUCCAAACGGAUCCGAUCAAUGUUCCCGCUCCGAACGGGCUUGCAGGCGGCAUCUGGCCGAAGGACGCGUGCGAUAGCUGGGGCCCGCAAACGAACACCAGUCGCAUGAACUUCGGUGUAACUAUCACGGGCGAAUUCUCCGACACGUUCAACGACUGCGGGACGUAUGUACGAGGUGUUGGUGCCAAUUCGACGAACCCUCAGUGCUCCGAGUAUAAUGACUACAAGAACUACAAUGACACGAUGAAGCAAGGACUCACGAACUUCCUCACUGCCGAGUACUCGUCUUUCACCGACUGGUUCUUCUGGACGUGGAAGAUCGGCGAGGCAUCGAGCGGAGAGAUAGAGGCUCCGUUGUGGAGCUACCAACUCGGUCUUCGCGAGGGUUGGAUCCCAAAAGACCCUCGUGGUUUUGAGGGGGUUUGCGCUUCGCUCGGUACUGCUUCCAACCCUUGGAACGGAACAUAUCAGCCAUGGCAAACAGGUGCCACAACGUCAACCAUCGCGGCAUCAUCCAGCAGCUCCUUCGCAUUCCCACCCAGUCUGAGCAACAUCGGUGUACCUAUGACAUUACUCCCCACCUAUACAGCCACAGCUACCAUCGCGACGCUUCCUGUAGCGACUUUCACAGGUGCUCCUGCUUCCAUCACCAGUGCUGUCGAUGGCUGGUUCGACACCAAGGACACUGCGGGUGGCAUAACGCCUGUCGCGGGAUGCACUUACCCCGAUGAGUACAAUGGGAUCUUCAGUGUCACUCCGACAGCGCCUUGCACAGGCCCCAUCAAUGGUGCUACUGUUACUCCCGCACCUGCAACAAGUUGA